UCUGAGCCUGCAGACCUGAGCUGCAUCGAAAAGAACAAGUGACAGGACCAUGAAAGGAAACCCUGCCAAAUCUGACCUCUCCAAUGGCAUCAGCUCCGCCGUGGACAUGCUGCCCCCCUCUGAGGUGAAGAUGGAGGAGCGGGGCCAGUGGAGCAACAAAACGGAGUUCCUCCUGUCGGUCGCCGGGUCCAUCAUCGGCCUGGGCAACAUGUGGCGCUUCCCUUACCUCUGCUACAAGAACGGAGGAGGUGCGUUCCUGAUCCCCUACCUGAUCUUCCUCUUCACGUGUGGCGUUCCCGUCUUCUUCCUGGAGGCCGCUCUGGGUCAGUACACCAGCGAGGGAGGAAUCACUGCCUGGAGGAAGAUCAGUCCUCUGUUUGAAGGUCUUGGCUAUGGCACCCAGGUGAUAAUGACUCUGCUGAACUUCUACUACAUCGUUGUUCUGGCCUGGGGGAUCUUCUACUUGUAUUUCUCCUUUUCUUGGGACCUACCUUGGUCAUCCUGCAACAACACAUGGAACACAGAAAACUGUGUGGAGUUUCAGAGGAGGAACACUUCGCUCAACCUGACUGUCAACCUGAACGCCACCUCCCCUGUCAUCGAGUUCUGGGAGAGAAGAGCUCUGAGGAUCUCGCCAGGCAUUGAGCACAUGGGCUCGUUGAACUGGGACCUGGCUCUGUGUCUGCUCAUCGCCUGGGCCAUGUGCUACUUUUGCAUCUGGAAGGGGGUCAAAUCCACAGGAAAGGUGGUCUACUUCACUGCGACCUUCCCCUAUGUGAUGCUGAUCGUGCUGUUGAUCAGAGGACUCACCCUGCCCGGUGCCGCCAUCGGCAUACAGUUCUACCUCUACCCUGACCUGGGGCGGCUGGCAGACCCACAGGUGUGGAUGGAUGCCGGCACACAGAUCUUCUUCUCCUACGCCAUCUGUUUGGGGUCGCUGACUGCUCUGGGCAGCUACAACCGAUACAACAAUAACUGCUACAAAGACUGCCUGGCGCUGUGCUGUCUGAACAGCGGCACCAGCUUUGUGGCAGGCUUUGCCAUUUUCUCCAUCCUGGGUUUCAUGGCCUACGAACAAAACGUCCCCAUUUCUGAGGUGGCAGAAUCUGGUCCCGGCUUGGCCUUCAUAGCUUACCCUCGAGCCGUGAACAUGAUGCCUUUCUCUCCUUUGUGGGCCGCACUUUUCUUCAUCAUGAUUGUUUUUCUUGGGCUGGACAGCCAGUUUGUGUGUGUUGAGAGCAUGGUGACAGCGAUUGUUGAUAUGUUCCCCACUGUGCUCCGACGUAAGAACCGCAGGGAGCUCUUCCUCUUAGCGUUGGUUGUUGUCUCCUACCUUUUUGGCCUCAUCAUGCUGACAGAGGGUGGCAUGUAUGUCUUCCAGCUCUUUGAUUACUAUGCGGCCAGCGGCAUGUGUCUGCUCUUCAUGGCAAUCUUUGAAACCGUGUGCAUCGGAUGGGUCUACGGUGCAGACCGAUUUUACGAUAACAUUGAGGACAUGAUUGGCUACCGCCCAGGACCUUACAUCAAAAUCUGUUGGUUGUUCCUCACUCCUGCCACCUGUAUUGGUACUUUUGCCUUCUCCCUCAUUAAAUACACUCCUCUAAAGUACAACAAUGAAUAUGUGUACCCAUGGUGGGGCUAUGCUAUUGGGUGGCUGCUUGCUCUCUCUUCUAUGGUCUGCAUCCCACUCUGGAUGAUAUACAAAGUCAGCACCACCAAGGGAACACUCAGAGAGCGCAUCCAGCUGCUCAUCACACCGUCUGAUGAUUUGCCCAAAACCAAGAGGGAGCAGGAGCAGCUGCUGGCCAUCUUUGCCCCUGAGGGAGAUGCAAGCAAGACAACAAACGGCUACUUCCCUGUCUCUGAGACCGAUGAAAACUUAUGAGGCCCUAUAGCAACGGCACCUAUGGGACCUGUCAUAUGCAGUCACAUCUUGGACUUCACUGCACCCUUGCAAGAAAGAGUCAAACAGUCUACUUUAACACAGACACGCAUGACUCAGGAGAUCAUACAUUAACGAUGGAAUGGAUUUGGCAUUUUUGAACAUUGAGGUGAUACACUUGAAAAUUACCCAUCCCAUGAAUUAGAUUUGCUGUGGAUGAGAUCGUUUUCAGGGAAUGCAGUAAAUGAAUUGACCAAAAUUGAUUAUUACAUUGAUUACUAAAUUGGGAUAUACAUAGUACAAUGUUUGUAUGUAAGAAAUUGUAUCGUUGUAUUUGUAUUAUAUUUUGUAUUAUGUUGAAUGAUUAAAUCCAUUUUACUUUAGUGUUUUGGGAAAAAAAUUGGGAUGCAUUGAGACGCUUUAUUUCAGACUUAUGAAUAAAUGAAACUGUGUAAAAAGUACUGAAAAUUAUAAUAUGGAAUUAGAACACUAACGAGACAAUUGUGACAUAUAGACUGUAGAUUGAUUUUUGUACUGUAACAUAAAAUGUACAAAGAAAUGUUACUCUUGUAAAAAUGGUUUUGAAUAAAGCUUUAUGUUAU